GAUAAGAUGACUUCAGAUCGAUAACGUGUGAUGUUGAUUUUUAAAAACCCUUUUAAAACUCUUGUAAAUCCGUUGAAAAGUCUAAUUAAGUGUGUUUCUUUAACAGAUGGCAUCAAGUGAUUUUGAACCCCUUGCACUACCAGAACCAACAUAUGGUAUGGGUUUAGAACCAAUUGUUGGAGCAAACAUAUGUCAACAUUCGGACUUAAGCCUAGUUGCCAAAGUUAAACAUACAUUAGGAAAAGCAUCUUUCACGAAGCUUCAAUCUUCCUUCCUUGGGCACAUCAUCAAUCUUUCUGCCAGAGACAUUGGAUUUUCUGGGAAAAUAUUCCACUACUUGAUGCUGAGAAGGCUGAAGACAAGAGGGAGAAACUUAUGGUUUACAGUCGACAUGCAACCUCUUCGGUUCUCCAUGAGAGAGUUCUUCCUUACAACAGGGAUUCAAUGCGAACCUAUUCAUAGAGAACCAAGGAAUAACGGAAAAGAUCCAAUUAGUGAACCAUAUUCUUGGGCGGUGAGAGGAGAUUACACUUUAACUCAACUUCAAUAUCGACUAUUUAAUGAACCAGAAGAGGGUGAAGAACCUUUGGAUGACAAGGAAAAGGAAUGCCUCGCUGCAGUGGUAUUAACAGAAGCUAUUUUGAUGACACCAAAUUCAACAGAGAAGAUACCUCUGUCUAGGCUUAAGCAUGCAUCGGAUUUCGAGAUGUAUACAGCCCAACCAUGGGGCAAGGAAGCAUAUAACAUUCUUGCCACAUGCAUUCAGAAAUUCGAUAAAAAUACUUGGUCAAAAGGUCAGUAUAGUGUCAAGGGAUUUCCCAUGGCAUUAUAUAUAUGGGCCUUGAGUGCUGUUCCAAUUUUUGGUGAUACAUUUGCGAGAAGAUGUAAUUUUUCCAGAACAUUCUAUCCACUGAUUCUCAACUGGCAAUCAAGUCGUUUUGCAAGGUUUGAUGAUAUUGUUGAAGCUAUUAAGACAGCAACUUGUUCUCACGAAGAUGAAGAUGGACAGAAUAGAAAUGAAGAGGUUAUAAAUGAAGAGGCUGGCAAACAAAAUGUUGAUGGAGAUAUUGCUAGAGAAGAUUUCGUAGAAAGCCAGUCUGCAGAUUCUGUCCGUCCGUCAAACACACAAGAUGGGAGCUACGCUGCAGAUGAUGAAAACACUCAAAAAACUGGUGGUGAUGAUGGUAAUUACUUUGAAGAAACACCAAAGGAUAAAUCUCCUUCUCCACGCCCUUCUACACCAAAAUUUGAUCUUCUUUCUGAAGAAGAUGAGGUUAGUGAAAAAGAUAAAAGCAUGGAUAAAGAGAAGGGAGCAAGCAGUAAGAAGAGAGGUUUGAGAGAGAGAAAACAGAGAAAGUGUAAGCAAAGCAAUGAUGGUGAUGAUGAUGUUAUGAACAGAAAAGAGGCACUACAGAGGAAGAAGCGUAAACCAAGUGACAAUCCAGAUGCUGAUAUUCAAGCUAGAGAAGGGCCACAGAAAAAGAAGAGUAAAUCUGAUGAUGUUGGUGGUGUGCAAAGAAAAAGUGAACGAAAUACAAUUCCUUCUAUUCACACUCAGCCGCCUUACACGGCCGAGAAGAAGAAGGACCCAAUACUUUAUCCUUUUUCCAAAGUUGAUAAGACCCGGUUAGAAGUAUUUAGUGAAUGGAAGAAUUCAAGGAAAACAAUGCAACUAACAAUUCUGGGUAAAAAAGUUGAUGCCAAGUGGUUCACAACACUAGAGACGCCAGGGAAGUCGUUAACAACAAUGCAUGUUGAUACAGUUGUGAAGUUGUUAAGCAGAAGAGAAGAAAGUCAUCCGCACUUCUUUAAAAGCAAAGCAUUGACGUUGGCUGAAACUUCUUUUUUGAGAGAGACUGAUGAAUAUUACUCAAUAUUCGUUGACAACAAAGAUGAAUAUGAGUUCCCUGAAGAAGGAUUCAGUCAACUCUUCAAGGAAGCACCUACAAAUAAAAUAUUGGCGCCAAUGUUGGUUAAGGAAAGGCUUUGGAUGCCAUUGAUGAUCAAUUUGGAGAAGAAGGAGUUGAUUAUCCACGACUAA